AUCACUCCAUCAGAUUAGCUGAUUUUUUUUUUCAGCGCAGCCGACACGCACGCACGCACGCGCCCCGCCGAGCCGCGGCCACGAUUCCGAAUUCGAAUCUGCAUCUCUCCCAAAUCUAAACCCCCCGAAAAAACCAAAAAAAAAAAAACCCGAAACCCAAAUCGAAAUCCCUUCCUCCCUCACCCACACGCGCGCUCCCCCGCCGCCGCCGUCUACACGCGCACGGAUGGCCGCCGCCGACGGCGACGAGGACUGGGAGAUCUGCAACUGCGACGGCUUCGUCUACAAGCGCCGCCGGGUCCUCCACCCGCCCGACCUCGAGGACGCCGCCGCCACCGCCGCGACCUCCUCCGCCCCGGGGCCGCCACCCGAGGCCGUACUCCGCCGCCGCCGCCGCCAGGCGCUCCUCCGGCUCCGCGCCAGGUACCUCGACGAGCUCUCCCGCUGGGAGUCGCUCUCCUCGGACGUCCUCGCGCCGCUCCCCGCCGCGCCGGCCGCGGACCUUCCUCCCCGACCGCCUUCCGACCCCGUCGCCGCCUCGCCGCCUCCCGGCUCCUCCUCCUCCUCCUCCGACCUCACCGUCAUCGACGGCCUCCUCGCCCAGGCGGAGGUGACGGAGCAGUUGCUCAAGCGGUUGACGGAGGUGUGCGACGAGAUCGAUGAGUUCUGCCACGCGCACGAGGCAGCCUUGGUGGAUGCCGUCACCGACCUGCCGGUAUGGGGCGAUCCACGGGAGCUCAUGAACUCCUUGUGCAGCCCCGCCGAGCUGCCAGUAUGUGGCGAUCCACGGGAGGUCAUGAGCUCCUUGUGCAGCCCCGGCGAGAAGCCUGUCUCUGUUGGCACCAUGGCAUCUACAGAGUACCAUCUCAGUUUACUGAAUCUCUGAUUAUUUUUGCUCUACUUGGAUUGGAGGAAGAGGAAUUGUGAAGCCAGUAUACUGUCCAAAGGAGAGCUCAUAUAGUCUUCUUAAUAUUUGUUGUCUCAGAGGAUGUGUCGGCUUCCUGCCAAGUGCCGACCACCAAAAAAUCAAUUCUCCUUCAAAUUCUUCCCGUGACAUCUCUGUUUCUUGUUGUAUUGUUCCUUUGUUGAAAAUUUGAAGACAUCAAGCUGAUCUCUGAACUGGUGACAUCAUCUGCCACUUUGCAUUGGCUGUUCUGCAGGUAUGACCAUAUGAAUAUUUUGUUUUGACAAACAAGUGCAAUUUAUGGUGCUUUUUGUUAGGAAAAUGCCAACAUUCUUUAUAGAAAGUUAACAUGCAGGUUGUGGUUAGUUCUCUGAUGCCUGAAUAUAAUUGCAAUUCGAUUACAACCAAGCCUGCAUAUUUCAAUUUUUGUCCCUACAUAUUCCAAGUAAAAUUAUACCCUUAUUUUUCAUUUGUUAAAAUUGUUGCUGUUAGACUGCAGUGUUGACGCUCAGUUAAAGUGGAAUUCCUUAGGCUUGCUAAAAAAGAUAUGUCCACAUUAAGUGAAGUGCAUGUUGUGCAAACAAAUAUAGUAGGUAGAUAUCCGUCAUAUCAAGUAUCAAGAUGCAUUUGUGAGGUAUAAUGGGUGAAGCAGGUGAAAUGAAGUGAGAUAAAUCAGUAAGAUUAGUUGUAAAAUGAAGCUAUAACCUAUUGUUUGUAUUGUAGUGUUGUAUUUCAUGCUUUUAACGACCUUGGCACUGAAAUGUCUGGUGGUUAUUUUGUGCUUGAUAAUGAUUGCUGGUUUCUCUUCUCUUAGAUCAUUAUGUGCAGGUAAAACUAGUUCUUUUGGUUGUCGAUAUUACUUCUCAUUGAAUCUGAACAUAUUGUCACUUGGCACAUAAUCUUAUUAUCACCCUACUUAUCUUUCUAUCUUUUGAGUUUGUAAUGAAAUAUAUUGUAUCGUUGUAUGAUUAACUGAUAAAACAACUGUGCUUGAAAAUUGUGGCAGCAAUGCAGCAUGAGUUCAAUUCUGAGACUAUGAUUUGAUUGAAUGACUACACAUAUAGCAUAAGUUACAAAUAGAGCUUACUGAGAACAACUAUUACACUUUGUUAAAUGCAUGUUCUAAAAAUGAAAUAUUCCAAGGUAUGCAUCCAUCGUACAAAAAUGCAUUUGGUGAGAUAUACCAGCUGAAGAUUUAAGAGAGCAAAAGAAAAGGAGAGGAAUCAACGAAGAAGAUGAGCUGCGGCUGCGAGCAACAGGAAGUGCCUAGGAAGAGAUCCUUAUCUCCGGACAAGUUCGUGACUAGGACCAAAUCAAGUGUCUUGACGAUGAUGUCUUUAAUGGUUGGCAUUUUUAGUCUAGUUUGUAUGCAAUAUGGCUAACAGCGGCACAAGCACCAAUAGGUCAAUCUGGGAUGCCAGUGGCAUCAUGCCACAAGCUCAAGCUGCACCAGCAUGUAUAACCCCUUUUGCAGCUUCAUGUAACAACCACUCUGACGGUUAUCACUUAUCAGCAAAGAGCUCAAGCUGUGCCUUAUCUUCCUGCAGCUGCAUCCUAUCAGCAAGGAGCUCAUGCUGGGCCAUAUUGUGCUCCACCUUAUGCAUAUGCCAACCCUAUGUCUUACCAGCAGGCUCAUGGGAAUGCUGGCUAACCAUCUGCAGGUUAUGAUCAGAAUGCCAUCUACAAGAAUCCUGCCUACCCUGAUGAUCAUGAUCAGAAUGCCAUCUCCAACAAUCCUGCAUACCACCAUGCUGGCUAUGAUCAGAAAAUGCCAUCUACAACUAUCAUCCCUACCCUGCUGGGUAUGUUCAGAAUGUCUACUCCAACUAUCAUGGCUACCAGGCAGCUUAUGGUCGCGGCGGCGCCGCGACUGAUGCGGUGAGCGUGAUUCAGACAAGCGGUGGAGCGGCUACCGUCGUCGUCGCGCAAGCAGCUGAUCCCCCUUCAGUCCUUCUGAUGGUGCACUUCACCCCAAAUCCACUGGAGGAGCUCAGAUGAUGUAUCCCUAUCUAAGAAUUUCUGUUUCUGUUACCAUUUUCUGACUGAAUGGAUGAAGUAGAGGUGCUUUCUGCAACAAGGCAUCUUGAAUUAUGCUUAUGAUUUGAUUGUUCGAUGA